AGAAGUUCAACCCAUAUAUAUCCAUCUUUAUAUUCAUGUAACUGUGGGCCCAUGGACCCACUUUGUUACCAGCGGCGCCAUUAGUCUUCAACCUCACCCACCACUUUCUCUUUCUCUUACCAUUUCCCUUUUUCCAAUAAAAUAUUAUAUAAUAAAUAUUGUACAUUCCAAUUUUAUAAACCAAAUCCAAACACCUCUUCACACUCUUUGCCUCAUCUCACCAGAACACUAGUUUCUCUCCUCUCUAUCCUUCUCAAACUCUCUUCCUCCUCUAUUUUAUUAUUUUCUUUGUCUAUUUUAUUUCAACUACUGCAAUAUAUUAUCCAUUUAAAUCCAAACUCUUGGGAUCAGUAAACAUAAAAAAUUCAUUUUCAUUUGUUUAACAAACAAUGAAAGGAGAAUACGUAGAUCAACAUUCUAAGCUUCACCAGUCACAGUUACAGUUACAGUCACAAACACAAAACAAUCCAUUUCUUCCUUUCCAGCUCUCUCAUCAUGAAUGUCAAACAGUCGGUGAAGACGAUAAUCGUUCUGGCGGUGGCGCAGCCGCUCAGAAACCGAACUCUUCUGGCGAUGGAGCUACCAUUGAGGUUGUCAGGCGGCCUAGGGGACGUCCGCCUGGAUCCAAAAACAGGCCUAAACCGCCUGUUAUUAUAACACGCGAUCCUGAACCUGCUAUGAGUCCUUUUAUUCUGGAAGUUUCUGCAGGAAACGACGUCGUUCAAGCGGUUGCUGAGUUUAGUCAUCGUAGGAAUAUCGGCUUAUGCGUUUUAACCGGUUCAGGAGCUGUUGCUAAUGUUACUCUUCGUCAACCGUCAACUACGCCGGGAACCACCGUUACUUUUCACGGCCGUUUUGAUAUUCUAUCCUUAACCGCUACUUUUCUUCCUCAAUCAUCCGGUGGUUCUCCAACGGUUCCUAACGGCUUCUCCAUCUCGCUCGCCGGUCCGCAGGGUCAGAUCGUCGGAGGAAUUGUUGCUGGAAACUUGAUAGCUGCGGGAACCGUGUUUGUGAUUGCUGCUUCGUUUAAUAAUCCAUCUUAUCAUAGGUUGCCUCCGGAAGAAGAAGGCGGAAACUCGGUGUCAGGCGGCGAUGGAAUUUCUCCACCUGUUUCCGGUGCGGUGGAUAGCGGUCAAGGUCAAGGCGGCGAGUCGUGCGGGAUGUCUAUGUACAGCUGUCACUUGCCACCGUCAGAUGUGAUUUGGACUCCAUCGGCAAGACCACCACCUUACUGAUAAUGAAUCACAUUUUCAUUUUCUUGCUUAAAAAAACUUGUUGCGAAAUCAUGCUACUCUAUUUCUAUAUUCUGGUUGUUUUAUUUUAAUUAUUAAUGUUAUUUCUGUUUAAUUAUUACUAUUAGGUUUAAGAUACUAGUUUAGAGUAGUUUAUGUAGCUUAGCUAGGUUGGUUCAUUUUCAAUGAUAUCAUCAUUUAAAUUCA